AUGGGGGUUGUCGUUAAAACCAGAAUAGAAGAAUACUGGAGUACCACCGCUAACAUAUUCUGCACCCCCGGUUUUGGCAAACACAUGUCUAUCAACAGAUUUCUGCUUAUAAGUAAACUUUUACAUUUUGCCAACAACGAAGACAUGUGUUCGCCAGGACUGGAUGUUUCCGAGGCCAGACUUUUUAAAAUCAAACCAGUACUGUCACAUCUUAAUAAUAAGUUUCAGUCAUUAUAUAAGAUGGCACAAAAUAUUGCUCUCGACGAAUCUCUUUUGCAGUGGAAAGGUUGGUUAGACAUUAACCAAUUGGUUCCCAAUAAAGCUGCUGUUAUGGGGAUUAAAUCUUAUGAGAUUUGUGAAUCUCAAACUGGCUAUUUAUGGCGUUUUGAGAUUCAGGCUCAUAAGAAAUCCCCACAACAACAGCCGGAAGAGCCAUUAAACGCAUCCACGCCUUCAAUUGUCUUAAGACUUACACAUGGUCUUGAGAAUAAAGGAUACACAUUGUGGAUGGACAAUUUUUACAAUUCUCCAAGUCUUGCUCGGCGUCUUAAGGCUUCGGGAAUCCAUUGUGUUGGAACCCUACGAACAAAUCGCCAAUUUGUUCCGCGGGCUCUGCAUGAUCUAACAAAGAGGAACAUGCGCAAGAGUCAGAUCACUGGCCUUACAUCUGGAGACGUCGAUGUCAUGGUAUGGAAAGAUGUUAACCGAGUAGCUAUGAUCUCUACAUACCAUGGCAAUGCUGUAAAACAAGUCCGAGAGUCCACCAAACCCAUCCUGAUAUUAGAUUAUAAUAUCAUGAUGGGUGGGGUGGAUAAAAAAGAUCAAAUGCUCGCAAUGUACCCCAUUGAACGAAAACGAACGAGGGUGUGGUAUAAAAAAUUAUUUAGAAGAUUAUUAAAUGUGUCAGUUUUAAAUUCGUUUAUAAUUCACCGUCAUUCGUCCACUCUUACCCAUAGGAACUUCCGUAUAAAACUUAGUUGAAUCCCUUCUUUCUAAACAUUCCUGUACCGCUUCACUUAUACCUGCUCCUCAUUCUGUUGUGACCACACAGAACGUACCUGUCCAUCUUACUCACCGCAUAACCGAGUAUCCCUUACAGAAUAGCUAUCGCAAGCGGCGGUUGUGCAAAGUGUGUAAGAAACGGGUUCACACGUACUGUGUUGGUUGCGAUAAAGCAGUUUGCUUAGAUCCUUGUUUCCACCGUUUACAUACAUAAUUUAUUUU